AUGUUUUACAAAAAAAUGAGUUCUAGGCGCCCGCGCAAUAAAACGACCUCUAACUUUAGCUAUUGCAUUUUCGCCUAAACUUCUUUUUCAGGUCUUUUUAAAAUUGCAUACUGUUGUACGAAAAUGAGUCUUUCGACCCUGGGACACCCGUGCGGCGGUUAAAUAGGAUCGGAUCAAAUCGAGGCAAUAAAAAAAGAAUCCAAAAAAUCCGGACCCAGGAAUGCCCGAGAAUCUGCUGAUAUUUUGGGUUAUCGUCAUACUGUGUUUUCUGCAACAAAUUGCAGGUCAGGCUCCGGAACGAAAGCUGAAGACUUACAAAGGUUGUGGAGGUCGAUUGGACGAAUUAUCAGGAGUUAUCCAGACCCCAAACUACCCUGAAAGCAAACUAGAGAUGAAUAAAACUUACCCCACAAACUCAAACUGCACUUGGUACCGAGAUGGCGGAGACGACGCAACAUUAUACACCAUAAAAUUUUGGGUGAUGCGACUGGAAAGUGCCAGGAAUCCGAACACGAAUCAAACUAUAUGUUACGACUAUAUGAACAUCACUGUAGACUCAUUUGGAACCCUUCAAUUCUGCGGAUUCAGUGCACCAAAGGUGACGAUCAAUGGUGUUGGGCCGUCAUUGAAACUACAAUUUAUAUCUGACGAUUCCAACAAUUACCAAGGAAUGAUGCUGAUGUAUGCAGUUAGGCCUGACUACAGACCUUGCGAACGGGAGCCUUGUAAAAACGGAGGUACAUGCGAGAUGAAAGAUAACAGGAUAGAGUAUGAGUGCAUUUGCCCAGAUGGAUACGAAGGGUAUCACUGCGAGACAGAUAUAGAUGAAUGUGAAAGUGGACCUUGCCUCAACGGUGGUACAUGCAAGCAGUUGAUGGGCGGGGGCUUUACAUGCUUAUGUAUGGAUGAUUUCGCUGGGAACACUUGCGAGAGAAACAUUGGCGAUCCAGUCGAUCCAUGUCUCAAUAGCCCUUGCGGGUCCCAAUCCACUUGCCAGACAAAGACUUCUGACGGCGGCGCAGCGACCUUUGAAUGCAUUUGCCGGGACGGCUUUACAGGUGUGACCUGCCAAACUGAAAUUGACGAAUGCGACAGCGAUCCUUGUCUCAACGGUGGAAUUUGCGUGGAUUACGUCAAUUCUUUUGAGUGCGCAUGCGCGGUAGGAUGGGAAGGCGUCUUGUGUGAAAGCGAAGAAAAAAUUGACGGUUGUUCGUCUAAUCCGUGCAGUGAAAACGAAAAUUGUACCUCCACAAAUAACGACGGCGGAUACAGUUGCACUUGCAAGCCAGGGUGGACAGGAAAAAACUGCCGAGUUGAUUUGAACGAAUGUUCGUUAUUCCCUUGCCUGCAUGGUGGGGCGUGUAAAGAAGGCCGUGAGAUUAAUGUGUACGAAUGCAAAUGUGUGAAAGGGUAUACCGGCAAAAACUGCGAAAUAGUACCCCGGCAGUGCUCGAACCCUGGCAUCCCCUACCUCAGUAACGACACCAAGUGGGCAAACGGCGCCACUUUGCGAUUUUCGUGCACGGACGGUUACAAACUAUUGGGGACUGAAAAUUUGACGUGUUUAAGAAACGAAACAUGGGAUCAUGAGAUGCCGGUUUGUAUCGCAGAUCACUUGAACAACACUGUCAUGUUUCUACCACGUCGUUUCAGUCCAGUUCUUGCUACCUUUGUUUCGUUAAGCGUUGUACUGGCCACAGCCACCAUUGUAUUUGGAGCAUGGCUUCUUCUAAAAGGGCCAUGGCAGCUGGGACGUAAUCUUACAAAAGUCGUCAAGUUAUCCCACGUCUCAUUGGCGUCUUCUGUGCGGUAGAAAACGUAUAAACUAACCUUUUAUUUCAAACCUUGUACAGGGAAGCCCUUGACACUGUGUAUUUAUGCUUAUCUUAUGCCCAUGUACUACGGGUGUAGUAUAAUCGACCAUGUCAUUUUGAUUUCCAUGUAUUUUAUUCUACCUCGUAUACUGCUGACUAUAGAGAGUUUUAUUGGCCGUAAUAAUGUACCAUGCGUUGAGUUAUUACCCAUCAAAAUUGCUUGCUACCAAGUUCUACUUAUUCAAACUAUGAAACACUAAACGACUAACAAAAUAUAUCAUAACUUUGAAAUCAUGUGUUUCUUUUGUUGGUCGUCAUAUUUUGGUCUGUUACCAUGUUUUUCACUAUAACAUAAUAUCUCAUAAUUUUGAAAUCAUAUAUAUUUUUUAGUUGGUCGCCUUAUUUUGGUCUGUUACCGUAAUUUUCAGUAACAAAAUAUCUCAUAAUUUUAAAAUCAUAUAUUUCUUUGGACGGUCGUCAUAUUUUGAUAUGUUGCCAUGAUUCACUGGUAUUACGUGUACGCCUCCAUCAGUGCAUUACGCAUAACGUUGCAAAGCAAUUGAAACAUUUAAAGCCAGUGUAAUAUCCGCCGCUCCGUCAGCGUUCCCCACUUAACCUACCUCAAACGAUGGCAGCCAUGCUUGAAAAUAAACUGUACACACUUUUG